CCCUUCGACGCUUCUUCAAUUAGCUAAGUGAGAGCAGAGGGGACGGAGAAAGACGAGAGCAGUCAGGAGUCGAACGUUUAUGAAUACAGCUCGUGCGGUUGUGUAUCGGCAUGCAGAAGUUUAGAUAGCAUUGACUGGACGCAGGACACCAUCUUUUAAACGUAUUAAAACUAUCAGCGCAGUGGUUAAAAUACACGAAAUAAGCCAAGUGGAUUCAUCUAAAAACAGAGAUGGGCUUAAAGCGGAAUCAUCUGCCAACUCCAUCAAAUUCAAGAUCUCGGCUCAGUGCGCUGCUUAGUUUAUUGAUCGCGGUUCUGCCGCUGUGCGCAGCGUUUAAUCUGGACGUGGAGAACCCAACUGUCUACAGCGGACCGAAUGGGAGCUACUUCGGAUAUUCUGUAGAAUUUUAUUUGACCAGUUCAUCAAGCGUCAGCGUCCUUAUUGGUGCCCCCAAAGCCAACACCAGCCAAUUUAACAUCACGGAGGGAGGAUCAGUGUACUACUGUCCCUGGAGCCUGAGCCAAUCACAGUGCAGCGCCAUCGAGUUUGAUGAUCAAGGGGAUCGCAGUUACCACGUCAACGACACUGAUCUCCAAGUGGAGUUCAAGUCCCACCAGUGGUUUGGUGCCACAGUACGUUCCCAUGGCAACACCAUCCUGGCUUGCGCCCCUCGUUACUACUGGAGAACUAAAGAGGACGUCCCGCUCUCGGACGCCACGGGAACCUGCUACCUCUCGGUGGACAACUUCACCAAGUUUGUGGAAUUCGCCCCCUGCCGCACAGAAAGGCACGGCCGCGCCGGUCAGGGGUACUGCCAGGGCGGGUUCAGCGCUGAUUUCACUAAGACUGGGAAAGUAGUUCUUGGAGGGCCAGGGAGCUACUACUGGCAAGGCCAGCUUAUCUCAGCCGCAAAGGAGGAAAUUGUCGAUGCCUACUACCCUCAGUACUUCCUGUUGUUCGUACCGGGCCAGAUCCAGACCCGACAAGCGCAGGGAAACUAUGACGACAGCUAUCUUGGGUACUCUGUGGCAGUGGGGGAAUUCAGUGGAGAUGCAGAAGAAGAUUUUGUGGCAGGUGUCCCAAAAGGAGUCAUGCUCUAUGGCUUGGUGUCCUUACUGAACGGGACCAAUAUGAAAUCGAUGCUGAACUUCACUGGCGAGCAGAUGGGCUCUUAUUUCGGGUAUGCAGUGGCGACCACCGACGUGAACAAUGAUGGGCUGGAUGACCUCCUGGUGGGCGCUCCCAUGUUCAUGGUGCGGGGCUCGGGUGGCCGGCUGGAGGAGAUGGGCCGGGUCUACCUGUACCUGCAGCGGGCGGCUCUGGACAUGGAGCUCAGCCUGCCCCCCCUCACUGGGACUCAAGAGUUCGGCAGGUUUGGGAGCUCCAUCGCCCCUCUGGGAGACCUCAACCAGGAUGGCUUCAACGAUGUGGCCAUCAGCUGCCCGUUCGGAGGGGAAGACCAGCAGGGCGUGGUCCUCAUCUAUAACGGCCACGCCGGCGGCCUUAAGGACACGCCCUCUCAAGUGCUGGCUGGCCAAUGGGCUUCCGCCACCAUGCCGGCCAGCUUCGGCUAUGCCAUCCGAGGAAACAAAGACCUGGACAUGAACGGGUACCCAGAUCUUAUAGUGGGAGCAUUCGGAGUUGACAAGGCGGUUCUGUACAGGGCUCGGCCUAUCGUUAAUGCCAGCGCCUCGCUGACUGUGUACCCCACCAUGAUCAACCCAGAGGAGAAGGCCUGCGUGGUUACCCACGGCAACGAGACUAUCCCUGUCUCCUGUGUCAACCUCAGUUUCUGCCUCUCAGCCAAUGGGAAACACCUGCCAGAUGCCCUAGGGUUUCUGGUUGAGGUGCAGCUGGACCGGUUGAAGCAGAGGCAGAAGGGGGCGGUGAGGAGGGCUCUGUUCCUGGACUCCCAGCAGGCCGUUCUGCAGAAAGCCGUCAGGGUGGCCAACGGGGCCCGCGUCUGCCACGAAACCAAAAUCUACCUGCGGGAUGAGAAGGAAUUUCGGGAUAAGCUCUCCUCCAUCUACAUCGCGCUCAACUUCAGCCUGGACCCCCACGCGGCGGCCGACUCCCACGGCCUGCGCCCCAUCCUCAACUACCAAACCGUGGAGCUCAUGGAGCAGAAGGCCCAGAUUUUGCUGGACUGCGGAGAAGACAACAUCUGCGUCCCUGAUCUGAAGCUGACGGUGCAGGGUGACAAAAAGGAAGUCUUCCUGGGGGACGACAACGCGCUGACCCUCACGUUCAACGCCCGGAACGAGGGCGAGGGCGGGGCGUACGAGGCGGAGCUGUACGUGGUGCUGCCGCCCGAGGCCGACUACAGCGGGAUCGCGCGCAACAACGAGAGCCUGGCCCAGCUGACCUGCAGUUAUGAGACUGAGAACCAGACCCGCUAUCUCAGCUGUGACCUUGGCAACCCCAUGAAGUCUGGCACAAGCCUGUGGGCGGGGCUUCGUUUCACUGUGCCACGCCUACAGGACACGCGCAAGACGGUGCAGUUUGAGCUCCAGAUACGCAGUAAAAAUGAGAAUAACUCACAGAGCGAGCUUGUGCCAUACAAGCUGGAGGUGGCCGUGGCGGCUGAUGUCAUUCUGCAGGGUGUGUCUCACCCAGACAAGGUCAUCUUUCCCCCGCAAAACUGGAAAGCAACCAAGAGGCCGCAGUUGGAGCAGGAUGUCGGGCCUCCAGUUCAGCAUGUGUAUGAGCUGGUGAACAACGGGCCGAGCAUGAUAAGCCACACCCUCCUGGAGCUGCACUGUCCAAUGAGAGUCAAGGCUCAAUGGCUCAUGUACCCAUUGGAGGUGACCACCGUUGGGCCCCUCAACUGCUCCACCGACCGGAUCAUCAACCCCCAGCACCUCAAGCUCCAGCAGUCACCCACUGAGCAGCCGCCCCUGCAGACGCCCAACCCGGCCCACCACAUCGAGAGGAGGGACGCCAACAAGAAUCAGCUGGCCGAACCAGGAAACCUGUCCUGCUCUAGUGUGGAAUGCUGGGUGCUGCAGUGCAAUGUGGGACUCCUGGAGAGGGGCACCAGUGCCAUUCUGAAAGUGCGCUCCCGAAUUUGGGCUGAGACCUUCAUAGAGAGGCCAUACAAACAGUAUGUGUUAGAGUGCUCUGCCAGGUACAGCGUGCAGAAGAUGCCCUAUGCCAUCCUGCCCAAGGAGGCACCCAGCGGAUCCAAAAAGGUGGUGACCCCGGUGGUGUGGAGCAAGCCGGACAGCCAGUACGCCGUGCCCCUGUGGAUCAUCAUACUGGCCAUCCUGGCGGGGCUGCUUCUGCUCGCCCUGCUCAUCUAUGUCCUGUACAAACUGGGUUUCUUCAAGCGAUCCCUGCCCUACGGCACGGCCAUGGAGAAGGCCCAACUCAAGCCCCCGGCCACAUCUGAGGCCUAACCAAACGGGGUGGGGGGUUCCAAAAUCACACCAAACAUUUUUUUUCCCUCUUUGUUAAAUUGGGAAAAGAAAAGAUAAAUAUUUCAUCCACAAAGUAGACCAGGAAACUGCAGGACUGUGUAAUAACAGAUGGCUGUUGAAGAUUUUCAGAGAAAAGACCACUGGAAGUUCAUCUGUACUGCACUAGAAAGAGAAAAACAACCCUAAGUGCUCUAAAACCAAAUGAAUGUUUUUAAUUUAAUUUUUUGUUUUGACAAAGAGCUUUGGGGUUUGGUUUCCGAACAGUGAGAACUUCUAUACCUAAGCCAGACCCAUUUCAGGGAUGCACAGAGUUUGUUUUCGGUUUGGAUCAGGGUGGGGUUGAGGGGUUGAAAUCAGGGCUUGUUCAGUGGUGCAUCGCGCACACACAACCAGAAAAGUGUAGUGAUGUGCGGAACCUCUCCCGUCGUUGAUCUUCAUGGAUAGCCAUACUGGUUCUUUUUUUUAAAAUCCCCACCUGUUGCUUUUUUCUGCUCUUGCUUGCUGUUUCUCAAGACAGAGGAUAUUUUAAUAGAUUUUAUACGUCUUAUUGGUGCUAGAAUCAAGUCCUAUGACUGAAUGUUCCCAGUUGACCACGAGGGCAGAUGAGAAAUGCCUGGUGCCUGUUUGCAAGUGCCCAGUGAGGGUUUCCGCAGAAUUCAACCAGAACGCUGGGAGAAACACGCCCAGGGCCGUAGCCCUCAUCACCAAAGACUUUACUUCACUGAGAUCUCCGUCUUCCAAAGGCGCUUUUAGUGCUUGGACCAAGCUUGGUCUGACACUAAGAGCUUUGGCCAUGAUUACCUUUUAAACCUGUUUAUCUUUCGUCAGGGACUUUUUUUUAUUUUGUGUGAUUGUCCUUUGGGCUUGAUAGUUCUGAAAGGCUUAAAAAGACACUGGGUUUUUAUUCAAGAGGACUGCAGCAAGGGUGAAGGUGUCUUGUAACAGAAUGAAAGUUGUUUAUUAUUUGCUAUGAAGCAAUUUCUGCAAAUCCCCCUGACUUUCUCUCAUCCAGAAAUCAAUGCACAGGUGCUGCUCACCUGGGACAUGACUGGAGCAAUCAUAGACUCUUCUAAUAUGGUGUGAGACUCGUGAAACUGUGUUGAACUUUCUCAUUUAGGGUGUGUUCCCUUAAGCAGAUACAUUUACAGACCACAACUGCUGAGAAUAUUAUGCCUCCAAAGUAUGGUGGGUCCAAAGUGACCUGUGUUGACCUUAUGCCAUGGGUCUGUUAUAAAUUAAAGCACAGACAAUCAAAGCUGGAUAGUGUGGGAUUGGGUGGGGGGAUUGCAGACAUGCUAACAGUGUCUUGUCUGAUGAAACUACAGGAAUAAUUUAGAGUUGUGCACUGCAGUAAAUGAUUAUUAAAUGCAGCAAUAAUGACGUAGAUGCCAAAGAGCACAGGGAAGCCGGUUAGGAGCCAGAAUGGGUGUGGCUUCCUGUGUGUGGCUGUGGAUGCACGUUCACAUGCUUUGAACGCAACAGAACUUGGUAUCAGCAUAUGUAUGCGUCCAUGGGUGGUUGGCCAAAUCUAUAGGGGUCUGUGCAUACACACACAACACCAAAGACAUCCUUCACUGUACCAAUGGCUGCAGCUUCAUCCAGGGACCGAAAAUUCAUGUGUCUUGGGCUUCAAUUUUCUGCCUUUUUUGUGUGUUUGCGUGUGCUUGUGUAUGCAUAUGCUUGCUUGAGUUAGCGAGUGCUUGGAUGCGUGCGCCUGCAUGCGUUUGUGAGUGCUUGUAUGUAUGUGUGUGUGUGUGUGUGUCUGUCUGUGUGUGUGGACGCUUGUGUGUACACGUGUGCGUAUGCGCGAAAGUGCUUGUGUGUUGGUGAGUGAGGGAGAUGGGUGUAUUUUCCUAAUGGCCUGGUCCUCUCCCUUUAUUAACAACAGAUUGCAGAAUCAGGUAUGAAUGGAACAGUCCACCAGCAGUGCUUAGACUAUCCUGUUACUAGACUACAAUCUGGACAGAGUGGUUCAGCCCAAAACACAGUGAUUCAUUGUGGCUGGGAGCUGCAGUGGCUGUUUAUGUACUUGACUGGGAAAGGGCUGGACUGUACUGGUAUGUCCAAGUCACCUGUAAGGGACAGCAGCUGGGUAUUGGGGAAACUUAAAACUGUUUUAAGUGCAAUAUUAUUUUAUUUUUAUCUUCAGUAUCUAGGAUAGGUUCAGAGCUUAGAGGCUGACCCAACUGCAGUCACCGCCACCUUCAAAAGAAAAAAGUCACUGAACUGAACUUUGGGGACAGUUUGACUUACUGUGUCCAUUUUGUUUUUAUUUCUGAGUCCCAGUCCACAUAAAAGCCUCAAAUUUCUCUCAAGCAAUUUGGAUUUAAAACCAGCUGUUCGCUCACCCCAAGUCAUUAUUAAUGAUGAUUUUUUUUUGUGUUAGUACUGUACAAAUUAGAAGUACAAGCAAUUAUUUAUACUACUACAAGUUGUUUGGAAAAAGAAACACUUUUUAAAAAAUGUCAAUAGGAGAAAGCACUGGGUCUGUCCUUGUUUUUAGGAUGUCUCUUCCAUUCGUUUUUGAGUUGUAAAUAUGUAUCUAGUGAGGAGACUAUUUGAAAAUUCAAUGGAAAAACUGAUUUGUUGUGAAAUUUCCUUUCCCCAUAUUGGGGGGAAAUGUUAUGGUGUUUAAAAAAUGUUUCCUUGUAUUGUAUUUUACUGUUUGCAUUUCAAAUAAAAUUUUCAAUUUUUACUAAAA